GACACGCCGGGUUCCGGGAGAGUGCAGGCGGGAGAGAAGAAAGGCAGCGGUGGACGCGGCAGGUGGAGGAUGAAGAAGGAGCAUGUUAGUCACUGUCAGUUCUCCGCCUGGUACCCCCUCUUCCGAAGCCUUACCAUCAAGAGUGUCAUUCUCCCACUUCCUCAGAAUGUGAAAGACUAUCUACUCGACGACGGGACUCUGGUGGUUUCAGGAAGGGAAGAUCCGCCAACAUGUUCCCAGGCAGACAGUGAUAAUGAAGCAGAAGAAACACAGUGGUCCGAUGAUGAGAACACAACCACACUAACGGCACCAGAGUUUCCUGAAUUCAACACUCAAGUCCAGGAAGCUAUCAAUUCCUUGGGGGGUAGUGUCUUCCCUAAGCUUAACUGGAGUGCCCCAAGGGAUGCAUACUGGAUAGCAAUGAAUAGUUCUCUGAAGUGCAACACCCUCAGUGACAUCUUCCUGCUGUUCAAGAGUUCUGAUUUCAUCACUCGUGACUUCACACAGCCAUUCAUUCAUUGUACUGACGAUUCUCCAGAUCCCUGUGUAGAAUACGAGCUUGUCCUCCGAAAAUGGUGUGAAUUAAUUCCUGGGGCUGAAUUCCGAUGUUUUGUCAAGGAAAACAAGCUUAUUGGUAUUUCUCAGAGGGACUACACGCAAUACUAUGAUCAUAUUUCUAAACAAAAAGAAGAAAUUCUCAGAUGUAUUCAAGACUUUUUCAAGGAACACAUACAGUAUAAGUUCUUAGAUGAAGACUUUGUGUUCGAUAUAUACAGAGACAGUAGGGGGAAGGUGUGGCUGAUUGACUUUAAUCCAUUUGGGGAAGUCACAGACUCACUGUUGUUUACUUGGGAAGAGUUGACGUCUGAGAACAACCUAAGAGGUGACUUCAAUGAAGGGGAUGCUCAGGGGCAGGAUUCUCCAGCCUUCCGCUGCACAAACAGUGAAGUCACAGUGCAGCCCAGUCCCUACCUGAGCUACGGACUGCCCAAGGACUUCGUGGACCUCUCCACUGGGGAAGAUGCUUACAAGCUCAUAGAUUUCCUUAAACUGAAAAGAAAUGAGCAAGAGGACGACUGAGUGCUGCUUUGUGAAUAAGUAGAAGAGGGAAACAGCUACUCUAGGAGACGGCGCAGAACACAACCUCCAGUGACCCAAAUAGCUGGGGAUGGAGUGGGCAGUAUGCAAAAUCAUCCGUGUUUAUACUCAUGCAGAUUCACUUGGGAAAAGAUGGAGGAACUUUGGUAUUUGUAAAAAAACAAUAGCAUAAUAAAUAGAUCUUAAACAUAA